AUGACUUUAGUACAAAGCAUGUCAAUCACUUGGUGCGGAAUGCCAAUAUUAAAAUGGUGUAAUACUUUGGUGAACGUCAUCACGAUUAUCAAUAAAUGUGAUAUGAUAGAGAAGAACUCAGCAGAAUUUAUAACCACUUGUCACUUGCUACAAGAAAAAGUGCCCAACUCCAACAUCAGAGAAGAAUUGCUUCAUCUUGCAAAUUACGCACAGAAGAUAUCACCCAAAUGUACAGCUGCGGGAUUCUUCGUUGUGAAUCGGUUCAUUCUUGGAGCUUUAUUUUCAUCUGUUACUACUUACUUGAUAAUAUGUAUUCAAUUUAAUAUGAAUGAAACUUCUGAUUUACCAAUAGAAAAUUGAAUGUUUUAAAGAAGACAGUUUAAGACUUAAUUUUGUUACAGAGACCACCACAAUUCGCUUAUCGUCGGCCGAAUGUGAAAAAUGCAUAAGUCCAAAAUACCUGAUUUUACAGGAGGAACAAAAAAUUAUACCCCAUUCCACGA